GGCCCCCGGUGUGGGAGUACAGGCACAUGCCACAUAUCAAGCUUGCCGGCGGUCGGGGUGGAUGUCUUUUUAAUGACUUUGGAUCACCGCUCUGAAGUCAUCAUGAUCAUUAAGUUCAAGCUGCUUGCUGCAGCUCCGACUGACUGACUGACUACACCCAUCCACACUUAUUGAUACCCCUGCCUUGAUUGUCAGACAUAAGUCUUAUAGGCAGCUACAGAUUUACCCUUACACACACAAGACAAGACAAAACAAGGACAAAACACCCGAAAAUGCUCUCCCCUCUCCUCCUCCUCCCCCUUUUAUUCCCCCCCACCCACGCCGGCGGCAUAAACUGGGACGUGUACGAGUACGGCGUAGCCCCCUCCUUCCACUGGUCGCGGCCCUUCCCGGACGACGGAACCGAACCAGGCGGGUUCCACGUGCACUGCCGCGCCUCACAAACCUUCCGCGCCAAGCUCUUCAAGCUGAAAGACCUGCCCGAGCCCUGGCCGACGGGGCUUGCGCCCUGGCAGGGGGAGAUUGAUGGCUGGCUGGGCUUGUCGAGUGGAAGGCGGGAGUACAUGGGUAGUUGGGACGGGGUGGAUCAUAAGGGAGAGGAUAGGGAGAUUGUGGUUAUGGAUUGGGCGGAGGUGCCGGAGGGGGUGAGGGGUUGGAUUGCAGAGCAACGGCAGGAGGAACAGCAAGGCGGGGAUGAGGGUAAUGGGAGGAAGGAGAAUGAGAAGAGGUGGUGGUUUGGCGUGUUUGAGAAGAAGCCUAGAAAGGAGGAAGGGGAGAAGGUGGGUGGGACAGUCGGGGCUGCGGGAUCGAGUGCGAGUGCGAGUGUCUCCGAGCAAGGGGUGGAAGCUGAAGCUCAAGAAAAGAGGGAGAUCAAGGAUGGGGAUAGGAUCGUUGUGUUCCCCGCCGGCGCGGCGUACGAGAUCCUGCCGCUUUGGGUGGCCAAGGGGAGCGGCUGUGAGCGCGACUUCAACAACCUGGCCAAGUACAAGCCCCAGGCCAUCGACCACGCGGUGGUGGCAUGGGUCGUCGACCACACCAAGCCGCACCGCGACCUGGGCAAGCGCGACAUGACCUUCACCGUCGAGGCGAUGUCGGUGACGGAAAGCGAGGAGGGCAGACACGCCCGUCUGAUGUGGGAGAAGCUGCACCGGACGAUCAAGAGGAACGAGCGGCGCCAGCAGCGGGAAGAGAGGCUGAAGGCUAGAAGGGAGAUGGAGGAGGGGCGAGUACGGGAUGAGCUGUAG